CCGAUAUGUCCUCCAGGGCGGCAUUCUGUACCGAAGGAACUUCCUCCCUGACGGAUCUGAUCUUCUUCUUGUCGUGCCAAAACAUCUACGACAGACUGUGCUCUUUGAGAUGCAUGACGCACCUACUGCAGGACAUCUUGGCGUAACCCGCACGUACGACCGCGUCCGCCGCCGCUUCUAUUGGCCUGGUCUCGCUCGCUCUGUCCGACACUAUGUUGCUGCCUGUGAUACCUGCCAGCGUCGGAAAACACCUCAGGUGCUACCUGCCGGUCAUCUCCAGCCGAUCACUGUCCCUGUGGAACCGUUCUUUCGUGUUGGAUUAGACCUCCUCGGUCCAUUUCCCACGUCAUCCUCUGGGAACAAAUGGGUAGCCGUCGCAACUGACUACGCCACCCGAUACGCUAUCACGCGGGCUCUCCCUACCAGUUGCGCCACUGACGUCGCGGACUUUCUCUUGCGGGACAUUAUCUUACUUCAUGGCGCCCCGCGACAGCUUCUCACUGACCGUGGUCGUAACUUCCUCUCGAAAGUUAUCGCCGACAUUGUACGUUCCUGCUCCACUCAACACAAGCUGACUACCUCAUACCAUCCUCAAACCAAUGGCCUGACAGAGCGGUUAAACCGUACUCUCACCGAUAUGCUGUCAAAGUACGUUUCCAAGGACCACCGCGACUGGGACAUUGCCUUUCCUUACGUCACAUUCGCUUAUAAUUCUUCCCGGCACGACACCGCCGGAUUUUCUCCCUUUUAUCUGCUCUACGGUCGCGAACCGACCUUGCCCCUUGACACGGCACUUCCUCCUACUUCGAUCUCAACAAGCGAGUAUGCGCGCGACGCCAUCGCUCUCGCCGACCAUGCACGCCAGCUUGCCCGUGCUCGACUGACGGACUCGCAAACCACUCAGCAGCGUCAGUACAACGCCCGCCACCGUGACGUACAGUUUUCGCCUGGUGUGCUCGUGCUCUUGUGGUCGCCCUCUCGUCACGUCGGACUUUCACAAAAGCUCCUUUCGCGAUACACAGGACCCUACCGCGUGCUGCGCCAGGUGACGCCUGUGACUUAUGAAAUUGCUCCUGUGAGCUCAACCUCGUCAUCUACUCUGGCGUCUAGUGAUGUCGUGCACGUCAGUAGGCUCAAGAGCUACUACACUGCUUCAGAGUCCAGCCUUUAGUCGCUCCGGGACGGCGCUUUUGCCGCCGGGGGUAGUGCUACGGGGUAUGUUCCCACUGACGAAGAGCUGAGCAGGGAGAAGACGACGACAACGAUUAGAUGCCAGCGCGGGCUGUUGCCUCUUGGCCUAGCGCAGCGUAUUUUCCUUGUACUCCUGGUUUCCAUGGUUUCCAUGACUCUCGGCGGCGGUCAGUUUGGAUUUGGUAGCGGAUUCGGCAGCGGAUUUGGUGGUGGACUUGGUGGCGCCUUUGGCACUUCCUACGGCGCCACAUUCGCGCAGCAAGCACAGUAUUACCCACCGCAACCGUACAGCUUCGGCUACGACAACGUCGACCAGUACGGCACCAGGACCUACCGCAAAGAACAGGGCGACGCCUCCAACACCAAGACGGGCAUGUACGGCUACACCGACACCAAUGGCAUCUUCCGCCAGGUGAAGUACAUCGCUGAUGCUGGCGGAUUCCGUGCAAAGAUUGACACCAACGAGCCCGGAACAGCCCCUGGAGCCAGUGCCGACGCGGUCUACAAUGCGAAGCCUCUACCCGCUGGCCCGCAGUACCGAAUCAUUGGUGGAUCCUCCCCCUUCUCCUCUCCCUACACGAGCGCCUCCACUUCUGGCUUCGGUUACAGCCGUCCUUGGUCUGGAUAGUCAAGUGUGUGACGUAGGGAAGCGUUUGUUGAAUAUUUGACCCCGCUUCUGACGAUGUUCCCUUGUCGAAGGAACAGGCUAGCCGGCCGUUGACAGAAACCGUGGCGUUUCUUAUGAAAUCUACAGUUAGGACUGUAUACAUGCAAGUUAACGAAUCUUAACUGCGAAUAAAAGUCACC